AUGUCGUCGACAAUAAUUAGCAAAGGUAUCAAUAAGCUUUCAUUAAACUCGUCGGGAGGACCAACAGAUGAAGAUUUUAUACGCAAUAUUGACUAUGACGAACUAGAGAGAAAGUUUCAUGUAUAUAAAUAUUACCCCCAGUUUAUACACAACGAGUUAUCAACACCAAAUCUCAAGGAAAUGAUCGCUGAUAAACCUAUAUAUGCCAAGGCUAACGAUCACUUGACCAAAGAGCAAAAACGGGAGCAGAUAAAAGAGCUCAGGCGGGCAUAUAUGAGGGAGCAAAAGCAAAUUAGACAACGAGAAAAGGAGUACAAAAGACAAGAGCCGGUAAUCAGCAGAUGGGGCAACUGUGAUGCUAUGAAAAGGAGGGCUUCAAGAGUAGAUGAAGGUCUCGAGGAUAUGCGAAGACCACGCCAAAUGACUCACGAAGAGAACAGGGAUAUGAAUGGCCAGGGACCGCACGAUACCACCCACCAUGAUCGCCGGGAGACUAUGGGGGCCACUAAUGGGCACUCGCGCCACCACUCGAAGCACGAGAUGAUUUUCCGUAAUCCGUUUGAUUCUAAUCAGUCUGCGCAAAUCGAGAACGACCCCACGACAAGUGCGGUGAAAACACACCGCCAAAACUCGAUAGCAGGCAAGUUUAUGAGCUUCAUAAAGGGCCGCCUGGACGACGAAUCGAGUGACGACAAUAAUUUGGCCUUGAGCAAGUCUUAUGACCAGACAAAAUCGACCAUGACUACUACCCGCAAGAAAUCUAAGCUGCACGGUUUCAAAAUGAGAAUUAACGAGUUGACCAACAGGAGAUAUACUGACCAACUAGGUAUGUAUUUUUUUAGAUAUAUUAUUUGA